AUGAUCGGUAUCGGGCCCAAGGCGGUGGACAACGCCAGCAUGAACGCCGAUGGCUGGCUGACGACGAGUGGCGCGGUCCCGCUCGAGGACGUCGUCUUCGCCGCCACGCAGGCCGUGCAGGGCGGGCUGCUCGAGCUCGCAAAGCACCUCGGAGGCCGCAUGACAGAGUCGCAGCGGCGCGAUGCUAUCCGCAGCUACCUCGGCGAGGCCCGCGGCACGCUUGAACGGCUGCUGAUGCUUGUGCGCUGGGCACUGGGCUCGCACGCGCACACAUCCGGCCUCUCUGGUGCGCUCGCCGCCUCGCUCGAGCGGCAGGAUGCGAUGAGGCGUGCGGCCGACGACCUGUUCCACCUGCACCGCACCAUGCCGCUCGGCGUCGUGCCGCAGCACGAUGUCCUCGCCGCCGUCGACAUCCUCUCCUCCGGGACCUUCUCGCAGCUCCCCCGUGCGCUGCGCGCUCCCGUGCCCGAGGAGGCGGCCUCGCGCCGGCAGGCGAGCCGUGCGCUGCGCUGGCUGCGCGGUGAGCUGCGGCGCAAGAGGCAGCACUGGCGGCUUCCGGAAGGGGUGCAGGUGGCUGCCCUGCGCGGCUCGGUCCGCUGCCUCGUCCCUGGCGAGUACGUGCUCGCCCUCACCGCCGAGGACGGCGCUGGGGCGCCGUGGCGCCUCGUGAGGCUGCGGCUGCUCGCAGGCUCCCCCUCGCCUCGCAGCCCGGACCACGGCGCCGCGACGGUGCGCGAGUGGCGGCGGCUGUGGCGCGAGGCGGCGAGCGUGCUCGAGACGCGGCCAGCGCAGCCCCUCCUCCGCCUCCACCCUCCGCUGCACGCGGCCUGCGCGCAGCUCGCCCUCGCACGCCUCCACGCGGAGGCCGUCUCGCUCGCGCGCGGCGCCGCUUGGGCGGGACGGCUCCACGCGACGCAAAAGCUGAGCCCCACCGGAGCCGUCCUCGCCCUCACCCUCGAGUAUGCCUUCGCGGCGUCGCACCCGUUUGGGGGCGGAGGCGGAGCGGGAGGAGGGGCGGCAGGCCCCGCGGGCGGCAUGCUCGGCCGCUCGUCGCUCGUGCUGCGGCCUGCCUCCGAGUGCGGCCUCGAGAUGAGCCACCGCCCUCCGCUCGGCGCCGCUCUCGCCCCGGCGGACGCCUCCGCCCAGCCGCGAGGCACAUGGGGCCAGGCGAGCGGAGGAGGCGUGCGGGCAGGCGGAGGCGGCCAGCUGGCGAUUGCUGCGCGCCUCGCGGCGGCGCGCACUGGCGUCGCCGCCGCCGCUAGGGCGCUCGGCUUGCAGCCGCUCGAGGGAGCGGCUCCGCGGCUGCCGGCGCCCGAGGCGAGGCGUGGCGUCUGGGCACGGGAGGGGGAGGGCGAGGCGGGCGAGCUGCCUCGCAUCGCGCGCGACUUGCGCGCCGCCCUCGCCGCCGCGCUGCGCCUCGCUCGCCGCCGGCUCCUCUCGGAGGAGCUCUCUGCCAACGGGCUGCGGCACGAGGCCCGCGGGGACGAGAUCGCGCUCUCGCCCCUCCGCGCAGAGGCGUGCGAGGCGGAGGCCGCGGGGCGCGGCGCGGCCCUCCGCCUCCUCUCCGACCUGCGCGCCGUCUCGCUCGUGCGAGAGCUGCUCCGCCGCUUCGAGACGCACCGCGCCGCAGGGGCGGCCGGCACCGCCGGCGCGAGCGUGGCGUCGGCCUCGUGCGCCGCCGUGGAGCUGCGUUUGGGCGGCGGCACGCGGCUGCGGGUGGCUUGCGCCGCCGAGCCUGCCGCGCCGGGAGGGAACGGCUGCCGAGCCGCGCCGCGCAUCGAGGUGUCGGUCAACGGCGCGCCCCCGACCGGGUCGAGGCUGCUGGCGGCGGCCGCGGAGCUGCACCGCACGGCCUCGCUCUACUCGCUUGUGGUGGAGCUCGUGUCCUGA